GACAUCAACAACGUGAUCACAGUUGUAACACUAUCACUAUAGGACAUCAACAACGUGAUCACACUUGUAACACAAUCACUACAGGACAUCAACAACGUGAUCACACUUGUAACACUAUUACUACAGGACAUCAACAACGUGAUCACACUUGUAACACUAUCACUACAGGACAUCAACAACGUGAUCACACUUGUAACACUAUCACUAUAGGACAUCGACAACGUGAUCACACUUGUAACACUAUCAAUAUAGGACAUCUACAACGUGAUCACACUUGUAACACUAUCAAUAUAGGACACCGACAACGUGAUCACACUUGUAACACUAUCAAUAUAGGACAUCUACAACGUGAUCACACUUGUAACACUAUCAAUAUAGGACACCGACAACGUGAUCACACUUGUAACACUAUCAAUAUAGGACAUCAACAACGUGAUCACACUUGUAACACUAUUACUACAGGACAUCAACAACGUGAUCACACUUGUAACACUAUCACUACAGGACAUCAACAACGUGAUCACACUUGUAACACUAUCACUACAGGACAUCAACAACGUGAUCACACUUGUAACACUAUCACUACAGGACAUCGACAACGUGAUCACACUUGUAACGAUGUCCUGUAG